UAAUUAUAAUUUUAUAGCUAGGUACCUACAUGGUGAGAGGUGUUCUUUUGGACUAGAAUUACUUGGAUUUUAGGUAAUAAAACUAAAAUGGAAGACAAUAAGACACAAAAUGUUGAAAACCAAUCUAUUAAUGAUGACAAAAAUCCAAAGAAAAAAAACAAAAACAAGAAAAAGCGUAGCGGUGACGGUGACCAUGGACCGGGUUCGGCUGAGGGUGUUGUAGCCGUGCCUAAUUCUACUGAUAUGCAGCAAAAUAUUUCGUUAAAGGAUCUGAAGAUGGCUAUGGAAGUUUUUAACUUACAACAAAAACCUGCUAAAACAACGGAAGAGGCAUUGCAUAAAUCUUAUCAAUUUUGGUCUACUCAACCCGUUCCAAAAAUGGACGAAAAAAUAAUUUCUAAUGAACCGAUUGAACCUCCUAAAACUCCGGAAGAAAUAAGACAAGAACCGUACACUUUGCCCGAUGGUUUUCAGUGGGACACAUUAAAUUUAAAUGAACCAUUAGUUUUAAAAGAACUUUAUACCUUGCUCAAUGAAAAUUAUGUGGAAGAUGAUGAUUGUAUGUUCCGUUUUGAUUACCAGACCGACUUUUUAAAGUGGGCACUUCAACCUCCUGGUUGGAAGAUGGAAUGGCACUGUGGAGUUCGUGUUGUUAAAUCUGGCCGAUUAGUAGGCUUUAUUUCAGCAAUUCCUGCUCAGUUGAGGAUUUAUGAUCAUGUACAAACUGUUGUAGAAAUAAACUUUUUAUGUGUUCAUAAAAAGCUUCGUGCUAAAAGAGUGGCUCCAGUGCUGAUAAGAGAAAUAACACGUCGAGUAAACUUGACUGGUAUAUUUCAAGGUGUUUAUACAGCUGGAAUUGUAUUACCCAAACCAAUAGGAACAUGCCGUUAUUGGCACAGAUCAUUGAAUCCUAAAAAGUUAAUUGACAUAAAAUUUAGUCACUUAUCUAGAAAUAUGACCAUGCAAAGAACUCUUAAACUGUUCAAAUUACCAGAUUUGCCAAAAACUCCUGGAUUUCGUAAAAUGGAGCAAAAAGAUUGUGAAAAAGUUGUUAAAUUAUUAAAUGAGUAUUUGAAUAAAUUUGAUUUGGUGCCAAUAUUUUCUGAUGAAGAUUUUAAGCAUUGGUUUACGCCUCUCUCUGGUAUAGUGGAUAGUUUUGUGGUAGAGGCGUCAGAUGGAUCGAUUACAGAUUUUGUUAGUUACUAUACACUUCCGUCCACAGUUGUGUAUCAUCCAGUUCAUAAAACACUAAAAGCUGCUUAUUCAUUCUAUAAUGUUUCUACAAAAACACCAUGGGUUGAUUUGAUGCUUGAUGCAUUAAUAACAGCAAGAAAUUCAGGAUUUGAUGUGUUUAAUGCAUUGGAUCUGAUGGAAAACAAAGAAUUUUUAGAACCUCUUAAGUUUGGUAUUGGUGAUGGGAAUUUGCAAUAUUAUUUGUAUAACUGGAGAUGUCCCAGUAUACCACCAAAUAAAAUCGGUUUAGUCCUUCAAUAACUUAUUGUAAUAAUACAAAUUUAAUUGUAUUUAUAUAUUUUAAAUGCUAGCCAUUGCUUUAUUUUUCACUUUGUGUAGUGUUUUUAUUGAGGAAAAUAUAGCCUUAGUUAACAAAAA